CUGAUUUCCAUCCUUUGUGUCCCACUUGCACGCAGACUCGGACUCGCUGCAUCUGAAAGCAAAAGAGAGGCGCGAUGCAGACCAUCAAGUGUGUCGUGGUCGGUGAUGGUGCGGUUGGAAAGACGUGUUUGCUGAUCUCUUAUACCACCAACAAGUUCCCGAGCGAGUAUGUGCCGACUGUCUUUGACAACUAUGCGGUCACUGUCAUGAUUGGUGAAGAUCCCUACACUUUGGGUCUCUUCGACACUGCUGGUCAGGAGGAUUACGAUCGACUGCGUCCCUUGUCAUACCCUCAGACGGAUGUUUUCCUGGUGUGCUUCAGCGUCACAUCCCCAGCAUCUUUCGAAAACGUGAAGGAGAAGUGGUUCCCAGAGGUGCAUCACCACUGCCCGGGCGUGCCGUGCCUCAUCGUCGGAACUCAGGUGGAUUUGAGGGAUGACUCUGCAGUUGUCGAGAAGCUGGCCAGGCAAAAGCAAAGACCCGUAGCUUUCGAGUCGGGCGAGAGGCUCGCGAGGGAAUUGGGUGCUGUCAAGUACGUCGAGUGUUCCGCCUUGACGCAGAAGGGAUUGAAGAACGUCUUUGACGAGGCAAUCGUCGCUGCGCUGGAGCCUCCCGUCGUACGAAAAAAGUCGAAGUGCGCCAUUCUCUAGAGGACAGGUCUCGGUACAGCGACCGCUUUUCACGAAAUUUCCCGAUCCACUUCUCCCCAAUUCACAAUAUAUACUGCGGCAAAUACUCUUCGUUCCCUCGACCUAUGUUACCGCGGAGCAUUGCGGAGCACA